CAGCAUUCGAAUUCACACACAUCUGUCCGAGUACGCACCAGCAAAGGGACACAAGACACAUGCACACAAGCUGCACAGUGUCACUUAUUAGUCAGCCCGCCCCGUUCGCCCAUUGUAUCGAUCAUUCCGGUGGGCACACUGAUGCUUUGGUACCUGACACACACGACGGAGAGGGAAAAGAGAGCAGGCGGAAAUGUUCGUGUCACCAUGGCUGGCCCGCAAAGCAGCAAACGUGAGGCUGCAUUUGAUGGACCACACACGACACGAUGCAGCACGGCGGUCUUUUCUGGUCUGCCUGACUGCGUGCUUCUGUCGGUGUAUUCGUGCGCUGUUUUGCUGCCACUGUAUCGCCCGGCUUUCUCACACAAGACUUUCAACAAUGGAUGGCCACUGCAUUGCGCAGAGUCACAUUCACCCAUCCAUCAUUCCCAGUCAGGCCUCAAAGGGACGGAAAAAGUGGUACCAUCACACGCAUACGACCCCUCGCAACCUUCCGGAGCAAUUGGCGACACACCAGGAAAACUGCUGCACGACUAAGCCGACAUUUAUGCAGCUGUCUGUCUGUCUGUCUGUCUGGCUCACGUCCAAAUCACCCAGCAAGCACACAAAAAAGUCGCACCUCACCUCACAGACGACACACACACGUACGAGAGAAAACUUCGAGGCGACUUGACCGUAGGACUUGACCGUAGACACGGACACGUAGGGGCAUACACACACACAUACAUAAACGGACGGAAACACUGACCAAAAAACUUCCUUUGUUGCGGCACUGAAUGCGCUACUUGACCAUACGCAUCAUCGUCUUCUUGCUGGUGGGCGUGCUGGUAGCCUCGCCGGCGCCAUUGCCUUUGUCGACGGUCACUCUGAAUCGGUACUUGAUGUUCUCGUCCUUGUCGCCUUUGAACUCGCCCUUCAAGUACGGAUACCUACAUGCCCAUACCAACACGCGUGCAGCAAGGGAGACGUGUGGAUGACUAUGAGUGCGUGUGUGUGUGUGUGUGUGCAGACCAGAGGACGUAGUUGGUGUCCCACAGGUUGUUCCACAAGUUGAAGGCCAUCCCAUGCACCCUCUCGGUUGAAAGCAUGGGACCAACAGGCACUGAAGGAACGAAACACACGCAGGUACAGCCCAGCCCGCACACUCUCACGUGCCUCAAGGAUGGUCUGAUUUAUUCUGCUCACCGGGUAGAGCCGUAGGUGUGCCUUGCCAUUUGCCCUCGAUUGUUUUGCGGUCGGUGAUGGGUGUGGUCAGGGCGGCGUCAAGCGACUCGAUCAGCAUCCUUUGGGAGGAGGACACGCGACGCACGCCAGACAGCACGCCAUGCUGGAAGACAAAGCCGCGCACAUAUAACACAUAAUGCGUGUAUGGCUUUGCGUGCGCGGUCGUGGGGUAGGUACCUGGUAGAUUGACCCAUGUCUCAUGACCUCAUCUGGGCGGAUCCACUGACCAAGCUUGUCCAUCUCCCACCUGCACACGCACACACACAUGGAGACGCGGGCCCAUUCACGGCCGGCGACCACACGAGAAAGCCACCCCCCCACUCACGUGUCGUCAGCGUCUCCGUCACCCGGUUGGCCGUAGAAUGAGAGGUAAGCGGCCUCGGGCAGUCGCGUUGUGGUUUUGUUGAUGAUGUGCAAAGUCACCUCAACCGACGACGUGUCGGGCAGCAACUUGGCCUGUCCGUCCGUCCAUCCAUCCAUCCAUUUGUGUGUGUGCAGAUGGGAAUGCAUGCCAUGUGUGUGCUGUGAUGUUUGUGUAAGUAUCUCACCCCCAUCAUGGUUUGUUUUGGCCCUCCGUAUUUGGUGUGCGUCUCGUCAGGCAGACCCAAAACAGCCACGGCGCGACACGACGAUGCAUCCCUGCCCGUCCAUCCAAAACCAUAUGUUUCCCAAUUCCAUAUGUGUGUGUGGAUGUGAUGUGCCACACACACAGGAGCGUACCAGUACACAUCGUUGAGCUGCGGCAUCCAUCGCUUCUGCACGGGGGCCGCGCUGGUGGCGUUGAUUUUGUGGUAGCCCGCGUCGCCACCGUACACGGCCUGUGCAGCACCACCCAAGAUACAGCCGCGUGUGUGUGUAUGAGUGCGCUGCCCGUAGAGGGACGCACCGCACCUGCAUGUAUUUGAAGUCAUCCUCAGUGAAUGUCUGGUAGCUGAGCUCCCCCGCCAUCAUGCCCGACACGUCAUAUUUGGACCCGCCAUCACUCACCUUUGUCCACACAGAACAGACAUACAUAUGCCGCACAUGCCCACGUGUGUGUAGGGGUAUGCAUCGAUACCUCCACAACGCGCAUGCCGCCUGUUUGCCCGUCAAAAGCGAUUGAUAGGCCUUUCGAGUUGUCACCUGAUGAAUAAUGAUCCAUCCAUCCAUCCAUCCACCGCGCACACGUUCUGGCCAGUAUAGAUCUAUACGCACAGAUGCCUCUGCGCGUACCGGCUGUGCAUUUGAGCGUGUCGGUCUUGUUGGUCAUUUUGGUGAGGGCGUCAGUAGACGGCGGGGUGGGGUCCAGCUCUCGGAUGCGCGAGAGAAUCAUCUGCACACACGCGGGGUGGGUAUACCAUACACAAAGGCACAUGUCAUGUUGCUUAUGCGCACCGCACCUGUCCCAGUGGAUGGUUGGCCUGGAGAAGCAUGCGGAUCGCCUCGUUCAUCAUCACACGCUGUUCGGCCCAGCUCAUCUCGUGCUUUUGGAAGAUGUCCGUCUCACGGACCGAUGCGAAGGCGUCGUUGGUCCUGGCAGAAGGGCACGACACACCAUGCAUGGUAUGGAAACCAUACGGACGGCCACCUCCCCGCCAAGCCAUUCCUUCCUUCGUACCAGUGUUUGGUGUCACCGACGCCAGGAAGCCCCCAUGUGUGCUCGGCCACCUGCAUAUACACACACAGGGACAGGCAAACACAGAGAGAUUCACAGACUCUCACACACACGAGCACAUCAAGGCAAGGCAGUGCGGCCAGUCACCUUGAGCAUGAAGCGGGAGAAGUCGUAGAGAACGGGGUCGUCGUCGUGACACUUGCCCGAGGAGAAGCACUCGGCGCGCACACGAGAGAUUUCCCUGCACACGGGUGUGCGUGCAGCAGACAGAGGAGUGAGUGUGUGUUUUGGCGGGGCGCCUGCCGGUGUGUAUGUGUAUGGAUCGACCUGUAGAGCGCCAAUUUGAGCGGAUCGCUCGCGAUUCCUGUCAUACACAGGACACAUCACAUGGCAUUGUAUGUAUGUAUCACAUGGCGUGUUUGGAUCCACCCACCUUGUAUCCAGACGUCGCCGAUCUCACCGGUCAAAGUGGGCAGAUAGUCGCCUGCACCCACACGCACACACACACAGAGAGAGAGAGACGCACACACACACAUGUGAAGAGACUCCAUGUAUGUGUCUCUUGGUGAGAAAGUUAUGCGGUUACAGUCCUCGAUGUCGCCCAUCUUCUCAAUGAAUUCAUUCCACCCAGUAGACACGAUGCGCGCAUUCUGAUGGAGGCGUGCAGCGCACCAACACAUGUACCGAGACCAAGGUGUGGUAUAUGUGUGUGUCGAGUGCAUACGGGAUAUUCCAUCUGCAUUCGAUUGUAGUCGCUGAGGAUCUCCUCAACAGAGUGAGGCGGCCCGUCGUUGUCCUGCGGGCAUACCACGGCCGCAUCGCAUUGACACACACAAGUGGACUGACUGGUGCAUCGCAUCCAUGUGUGUUGUGUUUUGAAUGUAUUCGCUUGUCUUGUCUUGCCUGUCUGAUGUUGGGCACGAUGCCGAAUCCAUUGGGUAGAAUCGUCACGUCGCCGCUCUCUAUGCCUCCAUACCUGGACAGGACAGAGGCACGAGAGAGAGCGGCGACGUGUGUGUCUCUGUGUCCGUAAAUGCAAUGCAUUGCAGGCACUCGUUCUCACUGGUGUGGGUGGUAGAGGGUGUAGAUGGAGCUGUUGGUGAGGGGAUCCUUCCAUAUCUGUGAGCGAAAGUACACACAUGGAUAAUGUCGGCAUGUCUGUGUGUGGAUGUAGUACGCACGAAUGCGGGCGGGUCGAUUGCUGGUGCUCCAUAAUUCUGCAGGAACAUCCGUACACAAAUGCGCAACAUCGUGUGCAUCUGUGUGUCUGCGUGUGAACCUGUCCGACGGUGAUUGCCUUGACGCCGUGUUUCUUGAGUAUUGGGAUGGCGGCACGAGUCAGCCCGGGCACAUCACGCUGCGACCUGCAUCCAGAUGUAUACAGGUCAUAGCCGUGGAUGUGAUGUGUGAAUGCAGGUCUGUGGCUGGCAUACAUGACUUUGAUGUCCUGGUUGAUGCCGAAACGGUCGUCGAGAUCACGGGCGAGACGCAGACCUGCUCACACAACACAUGCAGUGCAGACAGCAAUGACCACACGCACGCAAGCCUGCAUGGCAUGGAUGCGGGGUCUGGUCUGCGAGGUACCUACCGAAUUCGAACAUUGGCAGGUCCAUCAUCUCUAUCUGGCUGUUGAAGGGGAAGGCGUGCCACGUUAUGUCACUGCAGAACGAACAUCAGAGAAAGAAACGCACCCAGUGCAUGGCAUGGCAUGGCAUGGAUGUCUGCAUGUCUGAGUGUCUGCGUCUGUGCAUGGGAUGGAUGAUGUGUGAACCCCCCAACCGACCAGCCACCUACCCUCUGUAUAUGGCUUGAAUCAGCCGUUCCUGCUCCCUCUUGCUGGGACAGAUGAGCGGCUCGCCCAGCAGAGUCAAAUCUACACAUACACACAACACGGGCGCUCGUGUGCAGUGCACGUGUUGUGUUGUUCGUAUGAGGGCACGGACGGACCAGUGGGGCAAUCGAGAUACAAGCUGAUCAGCCAUGCAUGGGUGCUGCACUCAACACAGGCAUGGAUCCACACAUCCAAUUAAUGGGGUACGCAGGCUUCCUUCCUUACGUACGUGUAGACGUAUCCAAUGGGGUGGUUCAUCUUGCGGAGGGUUUCCUACACCACACACGCACCUCUUCCUUUGCACUGCACAUAAUAUAGGUGAGCACGUUUGUCCGUCCGCACCGACCUGUAUGCUCAUGGCCCUAGGGAAGUGCGCAUGGAAGUAGGUGUUGAUCACAUUCGUUAUGAAGCCGACCUUGUUGUAAUUGUUGAUGCCGUCAUAGCCCUUUUGCCGGCCACGCACACGCACGCACACGACACGACACAGGUGUCUGUCUGUGCAUGCAGCUCAGCUGUCGAUAGCAUACACGUGUGUGUGUCGCCCACCACGUCCAGAUGGUUCAUGGAUACGACGAACAGGGUGUGGACAUCCGGCAGCCGCACCCACCUGCACCAAUCAAUCACACAUGCAUCCACAUAGCCCCUCAUUCAACCGCCUUUUCGUGUCUGCAACUACCGUUUCGCAGCCACAUUCCCAGACCACUGGAUGGCAUUGCAGCCCUGCAGGUGCAACGCAGACGUGCACUCAUUCACCCACAUACAGACGGACUGCCUGCUGACCUCGAUCUUUCCUUUGAUCUGAUGGACGAGGUGGAAUGUGACCUCGACAGACCCAUCCGCUUCUGGUCAACAGACACACACACACAUCGACACAGAGGUGAGCACUGCAGGUCGCCUCGCUCAAUGCAUACCAUUUACUCGCAUCGGGCCAUAGUCGAAUGUGCUGUUGACCUGCUGUGGCCUCGUCACGCUCAGCACCUCAUACACACGCCUCUCAUCGUCCAAAGCAGACACGCGGUAAGUGGCGCCCUGCACAAACACACACCACACAAGCGUCGUGUACGUUGGCAUGCGCGCAUAGCAUAGCAUAUCUCAUCUCCAUACCUGUGUGUUGGGCGGCAUCUGUGCCUGCCAGAGGCCGCUGAGGUUGCAUCCAUGGGAGCCGAUACAGCACAGACACCAAGAGAUCAGAGAUAGCAGCUGCAUGCUGGUGGUGAGAAGCACACACAGCCUCCUGGCUGGGAAAAGA